AUGGCACCAAAGAAUAUCAGUAAAGGUGCUGCUCCAAAUGGCAAGAAGCAGGCAGUCGGUGCUUCUAAAUCGGCACUUAAGGGUGUUCACUCCAGUAAGGUCCGUAAGGUUCGGAAUACUACCACAUUCCACCGGCCAAAGACGCUACGACUUUCCAGAUCACCGAAAUACCCCAGGAAAUCCAUUCCUCACCAACCAAGACUUGAUGAGCACAAAGUCAUCAUUCACCCACUCAACACCGAGAGUGCGAUGAAAAAAAUUGAGGAAAACAACACCCUAGUUUUCAUCGUCGACAUAAAGUCAAAUAAAACUCAAAUAAAAGCAGCCUUAAAAAAACUUUAUGAUAUUGAAACUAUUAAAAUAAAUACAUUGAUCAGGCCAGAUGGAACCAAGAAAGCAUUUGCCCGUCUCACAGCGGAUGUUGACGCUCUGGAUAUCGCGGCUACUAAACUUGCCAUUGUCUAA